AUGGUCACCUGUCCUAGCUCCAUCAGUAUGCAAACUACCCUUGCUACAUAUAUGGACACUUCUUCCAUGAUGCCAGAAAGCACCUGUGACAAUGGUGGCACCUGGGAACAGGGCCAGUGUGCUUGCCGUCCAGGGUUCUCUGGGGACCGCUGUCAGUACCAGGCCAGCUGCGACAACGGGGGUCAGUGGGAUGGCCUCAAGUGCCAGUGCCCCAGCACCUUCUAUGGUUCCCGUUGUGAGUUUGCUGUGGAACAGGUGGAUCUAGAUGUAGUGGAGACUGAGGUGGGCAUGGAAGUGUCGGUCGAUCAGGAGUUCUCGCCGGACCUCAAUGACAACACUUCUCAGGCCUACAGGGAUUUCAACAAGACCUUCUGGAAUCAGAUGCAGAAGAUUUUUGCAGGCAUGCAGGGCUUCACCUUCAAGGGUGUGGAGAUCCUGUCCCUGAGGAAUGGCAGCAUUGUGGUGGACUACCUGGUCCUGCUGGAGCUGCCCUUCAGCCCCCAGCUGGAGAACCAGUACGAGCAGGCGAAGACGACACUGAAGGAGGCGCUGCAGAAUGCCAGCCAGGAUGUGGACAGCUGCCAGGACUCUCAGACCCUGUGUUUUAAGCCUGACUCCAUCAAGGUGAACAACAACAGCAGGACAGAGCUGACUCCGGAAGCCAUCUGCCGCCGCGCCGCUCCCACGGGCUAUGAGGAGUUCUACUUCCCCUUGGUGGAGGACACCCGGCUCCGCUGUGUCACCAAAUGCACGUCGGGCGUGGACAACGCCAUCGACUGUCACCAGGGCCAGUGCGUUCUGGAGAGGAGCGGUCCCGCCUGUCGGUCCUGGGCCCAGGACAGGAAAUGGUUCGAGACCUGGGAUGAGGACAUCGUGGGCACUUUUUCAAACUGGGGUUUCGAGGACGACGGAACAGACAAGGAUAAAAAUUUCCAUGUGGCCUUGGAGAAGGUGGACACCACUAUGAAGGUGCACAUCAAGAGACCCGAGAUGACCUCGUCCUCAGUGUGAGCCCUGCGGCCCCGUCACCAUCCCCUCUGCCCUGCCCGGGACACAAGGCUCUGCACUGCGUCCAUUUCAAGUGGUGGCCCCAGGACGGGAGCAGCCCAGGCUCCUGCUGUUCUUGGGCAAAAUGAGACUGUUCCCCCAAAUCCCAUCCUUCUCUUUCCAACUUGGCUGAAACCCACCAGGAGACGCAGUUGAGGUGCAGGCUCUUCCACUGUGAAACCUUGGGCAAAUCAGUAAUGAGUCUCAGUUUACUCACCUGCAAAACAGGUACAGCAUUCCUGUAUAUCUCACACCAUUGUUGUGUAAACCACAUGGACUUGGCCAAUUCUCGGUCCUACUCUGCCCUCCGGUCUCAGCCCUCAUGUUGCCAUUGCCUCUCUCGGAUCCUCCAAUCCUCAUGUCCUUCACCUGGUCUCCGACCCUGGUUCCUAUUUUCACUCAAUUCCCUACUGCCUGUUUCUUACUUUGAACCUGGAGGCAGCCUGCAGCCCAUCCCAUCUCCUGCCCUCUCCUGAUCUAACUUCCUGCUGUGUCUCUUGCUCUCAUUCCUUAGAUGUCUUCUCCUUCUGAUUCCGUUCCUUCAUCCAUCCUGUCCCCAGUCUCCCAGCCCUAAAUCCUCCCUCCUCUCCUCACAUCCCGGUCCCUAGCAAGGUAUAGAUAGCCUCUUUGUCUUAGGAUACCCCAGCUGCUGUUCCCCCCAUCACCCCGUUGCCCAAUUCCCCGUUUCUCUUGCUCUCAUUCCUUGUAUCUUCUCCCCUUUUGAGCCCGUCCAUUAGUCGGUUCUGCCCCCCACUCCCCCUGCCCUAAAUAUCCCAGCUGCUGUUCCCCCCAUCACCCUGCUGCCCGAUUCUUUAUUCUCCACCCCUUUCUCUCACUCCUGGAGCCCCGAGGGUGGGGGCAGGGCAUGAGUUCCCCAGUCCCCAAGGAAAGGCAGCCCCCUCAGUCCCCCUCCUCCUCACUCCCUUCGAUCUCCCUCCCCUCUCACCUCACCACUGCCUUUUCCCAUCCCCUUCCUUUUCCUUCCUCCCUGCCUCUCUCCCUGUUGUCACCUGGAUUCCUGAUUCCUGCGGUAACGCUGAGUCCUGAAAUCCUCAAUCUCCUGGGCCGGGAAGAUCGGCCUUGGGGACCGGAAGUCGGCACAUCUCCAGGUCUCCAUGUGAACACAAUAUAGAGUUUACUGUAAAAGAAGC